UCAAAUUGAGAGGUCGUCCCAAACAGUAGAAAGCACUAUAAAAUGCAGAGAUCUCUUCAAGGUUUUUCCAUUUUUCUCGGCAUUGUUUUAURCAAUGUCUGUGUUGUUCGGUGUCUUGAUAAUGGUGUUGCUUUGACUCCACCAAUGGGUUGGAUGCAAUGGGAACGUUUCCGUUGCAACAUAGACUGCAAAAAUGAUCCAGCCAACUGCAUAGGUGAGAAGCUUUUCAUGAACAUGGCAGACAAAAUGGUAGAAGAUGGCUACAGAGAUGCUGGAUAUGAGUAUGUCUCYAUUGACGAUUGCUGGGCAUCACAYAACAGAACUUCAAGCGGAGAGCUUCARCCAGAUCCCAUCAGAUUUCCAAGUGGAAUACCAGCYUUAGCAAAAUAUAUUCACGACAGAGGGCUGAAGUUUGGUAUUUAUGGAGAUUACGGCACUCACACCUGUGCUGGCUAUCCAGGAUCCAUUGACCAUAUCCAACAAGAUAUGCAAACAUUUGCUGACUGGGGAGUAGAUUACUUAAAACUUGAUGGUUGCUAUGCCGACCCAAAGACAUUUGACACAGGGUACCCAUCUGUUACUAAAGCCCUUAACAACACAAAGCGACCAAUUGUAUUUUCCUGUAGCUGGCCAGCUUACCAGGUUGGACAAGGAAUCCAGCCAGACUAUCAGAGAAUUGCAAAAUACUGUAAUUUAUGGAGAAAUUAUGGUGAUAUUCAGGAUUCAUGGGAUAGUGUAACAAGCAUUAUUGAGUACUAUGCUAAACAGCAAGAUGUUCUUAUUGCUGCUGCAGGGCCUGGGCACUGGAAUGAUCCUGAUGAGCUCAUUAUUGGUGAUUUUGGACUUAGUGAGGAUGAAUCCAAGGCGCAGUUUGCUAUAUGGGCGAUCAUGGCUUCCCCUUUGAUUAUAUCAGUUGACUUGCGUAAUGUUGCACCAUGGGCCAAGGAAAUCCUUCUUAACAAGGAAGUGAUAGCUGUCAAUCAAGAUAAACUUGGCAAACAAGGACGACGAGUUGUAAAUGCCAAUAGUGUUCAGGUUUGGUGCAGACCAUUGUCAGAUAGAUCUGUUGCUGUUGUGUUAUUUAGCCGACGUACUGAUCUUCCUGUGUCUAUUGAAGCAACAUUUGAACAGGUUGGGUUUCCAUCAUCUGAAGCUCUUGUUCGCGACCUGUUUCUUCAUGAAGACCUUGGAGUUUUUGAGAAAUCUUUCAGUGCAAAAGUUAACCCCAGUGGGGUAGUGAUGGUCAGACUAACACCUGUGAAGGAAUUCGUGAAUAACUUCUUAGUUCUUGGUCUAAUAGUCAGCCAUAUUGUCAGUGUCUGUGCUCUUAACAAUGGGCUGGCCCUUACUCCACCAAUGGGUUGGAUGGCAUGGGAAAGAUUUCGCUGUAAUGUUGAUUGCAAGAAUGACCCAGAAAACUGCAUCAGUGAAAAGCUGAUCAAAGAAAUGACUGACCACAUCGAGUCUGAUGGUUUUAAAGAAGCAGGCUACGAAUAUGUCUGUAUUGAUGAUUGUUGGUCAGAGAUGAGAAGAAAUCGRCAUGAACGACUUGUUGCWAACAUGACGCGGUUCCCGAGUGGUAUGAGAAAGUUAGCAGAUUACAUACAUUCAAAGGGGCUCAAAUUUGGUCUAUACGCUGACUAUGGUACAAAGACAUGCGARGGAUAUCCAGGAAGUAUAAGGCAUGUUUGGAGGGAUGCCAUAACGUUUGCUGAAUGGGGAGUUGAUUACCUUAAACUGGAUGGCUGCUAUGCUACUCCAUUGGCYAUGGACGAGGGUUAUCCUACAUUCUCCUGGGCUCUCAACAGGACAGGGCGACCUAUUCUGUUCUCGUGUAGUUGGCCGGCUUACCAAGUGUAYGCUAAAAUGAAGCCUGAUUACGAAAUUAUUGGAAAAUACUGCAAUAUAUGGCGUAAUUAUGGAGAUAUCCAGGAUUCCUGGUCAAGUCUGGUCAACAUCAUCGAUUGGUUUGGCGAUAACCAGAAUACCCUGAUCCAGCAUUCAAAACCUGGUCAGUGGAACGACCCUGACCAACUCAUUAUCGGUAAUUUUGGGCUGAGUUUCGAGCAAGCUCGUGCACAGUUUGCUAUUUGGGCGAUCUUAGCAGCGCCUCUUAUGAUGUCCAAUGACUUGAGAAAACUCGACAAGAAAUUCAAAGAAAUUUUGCUUAAUACGGAAGUAAUUGCCGUAAAUCAAGACUCACUGGGAAGACAAGGAAGGCGYGUUUUUCAGAACAAAAAGGCGAAUAUUGAGGUUUGGCGCCGUUACCUUAGCGACGGUGGUGUUGCUGUGGUGUUGCUUAGCAAACGRGAAGAUAUGCCUGUGUAUAUUGAAGCUCCAUUCUGGAGGAUUGGUGUGCGAAGCAUACGCGCUCAUGUUAGAGAUUUAUUUGAGAAACGAGACCUGGGUACAUAUGAACGCUCGUUUAUUACAAAAGUCAACCCCAGUGGGGUAGUGAUGGUAAAAAUUGUAGAAUGCUGUGAUUCAUAUCAUUCAGACAAAAACGCCAAGAACGAUAUCGCAGAGAGCAAACCUGAAGAAAAUAUAACUACACAACAAAUUGAGAGCAAACCUGCAGAUAAUACAACGACAGAAGAAAAUCCGUCAUCUCCCAACGCGAACAGAAGGAGAAGCUUCAUACAAUAUCGAGAUCGUUUUUUUAGCAAGCCAUGAAACUCUCUUUACACGAUUCUUUUGUUUCAUGAACCAGUACUGUGUCGGGUACUGUAGGGAGAUUUCUUGACAUCGAUGUUUUUGUUAACAUUGUAUUGACAUAUUCUUUCACUCCCGGCAAGGGAACAUUUGUUACAUUUAAAGUUUCUCUUUUACUUUCCUUCAAACUGCUGUGAAACUGGUUUAUUGCAGCUGUAACCAUAAAUAUGCUGCUUUCCUUUUCGUUUUAGUGAAGUAACUUGAUUUAGUUGGAACUACAAUUCAUAUACGAUAGACACAUUAUAUUGAGAAUGUUGUAAUGUCAUUUUGAUCAAUAAAUAGUGUUGUCUUCUUUU